AAUUCCUUCCGAUUCGUGGUUGAUAGAUUGUAGCAGGUUGUGUCCAGUGCACAGUAAAAUAAUGUCCAAAUACAAAGAACUUACCAAACUUACGACGACGUACGCGCGCCGAAUGAACUACCUUUCGAACCGGAUCUUUGGUGAAGUGGCCCGUCCAACGAAUUCCCAAUCCAUGAAGGUGGUCAAGAUGUUCAGCGAAGAACCGAUUCAUCAGCGGGACUACGUCGUGAACUGGUAUCCACGGCACGUUGAAACACACCUUCUUGCGAUGAAACUUCGCGAGUACGGCCUGUUCCGGGACGAACAUCAGGAUUUCAAGGAGGAAAUGAAGCGAUUACGUGCGCUUCGUGGAAAAGCGCCACCGAAGAAGGGCGAAGGAAAACGUGCGAAAAAAUAAAUGUGUUCCGUCGACACAUGAAUUUUUGUGUUGCAUUUGCAAUCGUCGCCAGUGCCAGUGCAUGGAUUGUACAUUAAAUAUAGGAUCAAUUAAAGAA